AUGUCUGUGUCACUGCUUUAUACCAUACAAAAGACCCAUAAUGGGUCCAACCUUUCCUUUGACCCUGAUAUUGUGGAAGAAGGAGCUUUCUAUUGUUUCUAUGGAGGAAUUGAGUUACAAAACAUUUUGAAGAACUUGAAGCACCAUAAGGAUACAGAUCUUCUGAAAGGACAAGCUGUGAAAAGUCAGAAGGCCCUCUGGUACAAAAUUCUCGAGCUUAGAUUCUUACUUCAGAAGCCAUUCUCAAGUUCUAACAGGCUACCUGAGGAAUCAGUAAAAGCUUCAUUCUGUGAAUCGGAUGAGACAGUUAGAGUUGCAUAUGCAGAUUUGAUAACUUCGUCCAAGGAGACUUUGGAUUCUAUAUUGGAACUGCAAGAGGCUCUGAUUGCAAAGAAUCCGUCAGUAACCCAAGCUGUUAAUGGUUCAGAAAAGUCAUCAAAAGAAGUUUCUAAUGUUUUGGAAGACAAUCUUGACCAAGAGUGGUCACAAAUUUCUCGGAUGCACAACAGUAUAGCAUCUUUCAGAGACAAGUCUAUCAACAAAUGGCAGAGGAUUACGCAAGUGACAACCGGUGUUGCUGCAAUUAAAGGCAAACACGCUUUUAAUCAGGAUAUCAGCAAUCAAGUUGCUGGCUAUAUGAGAGAUCCUAGUAGAAUGGUCAAGCAGAUGCAACUGAGAAAAUCAGCUGUUAACGUAUUUGGAUCCGACAUAAGGAACGGCUCGGGAAAUCAUCGUGCACUAUCAAGCACCACACUGUUUCCACAAAGUAUUCGAAAUUCCACGCCCAAGAGUCAAUAUAAUCGAGGUUCAAGUGCUCCACCAACAUCUAUCGAAGCGAACGGAAACAUACUAAACAAAAAUAAUGGAUCCCAUUUUGACGUGGUAAACGGAAUCAAUAGAAAUAUGAUAAAAGGAAGAGAGAUAGAUGAAAGACAAUACUCAGCAAAACUGAGUGAAAUUGACGUAUACGAGAGCUCUCGUUACGACGCGCUGUUGCUUAAAGAAGAUUUGAAGAAUACAAACUGGCUUCAUAGUGUGGAUGAUAAAUUUGAUCAAGGCUCCUUAUUAUUUGAUAAUGGAUUCGAGAACCUGCCUGAGCCUUUUGGUCUCUUAUAG